CCAGUCAGUCUCGUGCCUGGACUCCUGCCGAGCGUGUGUUUGCGAGGCUUGGAGGUGGAGCGAGCAUUUGUCUUGGGUGCUGGGCUGUGCUUUGGGCACUGCUGGCAGUGGCUUUCGGUGCCCAUCCUUACAGCCAUCACUUGCAUUUCCCUGGUCUGCCUGGCUCAGGCCACCAGGGCCCCACGGGGCGCACGCGCAGCAGCAGAGUGCGCAAUAUUUACCCCUGUGGUGCUGCAGAAGAGGAGCAGCUCUUCAUCUUUGCUCCCCAGCAAACCACCGAGUGAGGAGCAUGGCAGCAGAGGAGGAAUGGGUAUGUCCCAUCUGCCGUGACGAGCGCAAGGACAUUGCCUACGCAAUGCCGUGCUGUCACGAGUUCUGCCUCGGCUGCAUCCUGCGGUGGGGCAAGCAGCAGGAGAGCUGCCCUCUCUGCCGGAGAGUCAUGGAAGUGGUCAAGGUGGCAGCGCUGGAUGAUGACGAGGACCUGGACUUCGUCAUCUGGCCUCCAGCAGCUCCUGUACCUGCCUGCUUCCAGGAAGCCGUUGCUCCCGAUUUCAGCAGCUCAGGCUCUUCGCUGUCCUCUUCGCCACCCCCUUCACCGUGGUCGGAUGAGGAGGAGGAGGCAGAAGAUGAGGAGGCAGAGGCGGAGGCAGUGGAGGUGCCUACAGUGGGCGGUCUCCCGCCUGACAUCUGGGCAGAUCUGUUCAGGCAGCACCAGCAGAUCCUGGACCCUGUGCUGCCCUGGCUGCGCCAACAGCUGCAAGCCACCUUUCACACACACUGGUGGCCGGCAAUGGCAGCGGAGGCCUACCUCCUGAAUGCCCUGUGUGACAUCGGGCUGGACGGCGAGUGGCUGACGGAGAUGACGCGGCCUGCCCUGGAGAACAGAGCGGAGGCGUUCGUCCAGGAGCUCCUCGACAACAUCGUGCGCCACUGCGGCGAGGAGGCGCACAGACUGCUGGGUCUGCAGGACGCCCACGUGCCUGAGGGGCGGGAGGAAGGCCCAGCAGCCAGGGGGCAGGAGGACAGCCCUGUGGCCGCCCCUGGCCCCACAGCCUCCCCAGAACCGGACCUCACGUCGGGGCCCAGAGUCAGCACUGCAUGUCCCAGCAUUGAGGAGGAGACCCGCACAGCAGUGGCUGACGUUCUUGUGUGUCCCGAUCACGUCCCCGCUGCACACUUGGCGAGGGAAGCGGAGGAGCCCCAUGAAGAGAUGGAGCAGGCAACAGCAGCAGGUCCCUCUGCCCGGGGCAGCAGCCCCUCUGCUCCUGGCCACCCUCCUGAGAGGGCCCGGCGGCCCCCUAAGAGGAGGGCUGACAGUGAGCAGGACCCACAGCCGCCCUGCAAGAGGCCUCCCCCUCGGCCUCACUAGCAGGGC